UGCUACAUGGCCGCGUUUCGUCAAGCCCGCCGCCUGCCACCAGCGGGCUGCAGCCGCCCGUCGCGGUCGGUCUACGCAUUCUGGAAUCCCCCCUGAGCCCUGAGCCCUGACGGCUGCUGCAUCCGAAGAUGGCCGGAGCCAGAUCCGCGGCCCUGCUCGCGCUGCUCCUCCUGGUCAGCGCGGGGGCGUUCUCGGGGGCGGCCGCCGCUGCUGCCGGGGCGAGCAAGAGCAAGGGCGGGUCGGGCCGCGGCGGGCUGCCGCCGUGCCGGGAUCUGGCGACGCGGGGCGAUUGCGCGGCGCGCAGCGGGUGCCGGUGGUGCCGCAGCGAGGCGCUCGACGACAUGUGCUUCGGGGCCACCGAGGCGUGGCGCCUCCCGCGCCAGGUCUUCUCCUGCGACCCGCCCUCCGGCGCCGCGAAUGCCCGGAAGUAAUGCCGCCGCCGCCAGAGCUCCGGCUUCGGGAUCUCGAUCUGACCUUUGGUGUCGCCGGGCUCUGGUUGUUUCCUUCUGGAAUCUGGAUCUGAGAUUUACGAUAACGUGUUUACUGCUGAUGUGUGAUUGUUUCAUGGAUUGCCUUGUGCAUUGUACUGUAAAAUCUGGUCGAAAUCCGACCUCAGCGUCGCAAAUGACACUGUCGAUUCUCUUCUCAAAAUGCACGACCUGUCAUUAGGAUGAUUUACUUA